GCAGGCGAAACACUGAGGGAUACUGAAAAAAGACUUGUCAGUUGUGUGUCCCUGAAAAGAAGCCACAUAAUGUUUCAAAACGUUGCACACGACAUUAAAACGAAGACAAGAACGGGUGACGUUCUUAUAGCUGAAAAUGUUGAUUUUGCUGGUCUGUUAUUGUCAGACACUGUUUUGGCUGGACUGUCAGGGUCCGGCUUCAAAAAACCUUCUCCAAUACAGCUGAAAGCCAUUCCCAUAGGAAGAUGUGGUUUGGAUCUCAUAGUGCAAGCAAAAUCUGGUACAGGGAAAACUGUUGUGUUUACUACUAUUGCCCUGGAGAGCCUGCAGUUGGAAAGCAAUUCUACACAGGUGCUAGUUAUGGCUCCAACAAGGGAAAUUGCUGUUCAGAUAUGGGAAGUAAUGAAGUCCAUCAGCAGUGAAAUGAUCGGGAUCCAGUGUCGAAUGUUCAUAGGAGGGCUGCCUGUGAACCAAGAUAAACAGAAACUGAAACAUUGUCAUGUAGCAAUAGGCACCCCAGGUAGAAUAAAGCAGCUUAUUGAGAACGACAUGUUGAAGACAGAAAGCAUCCGUUUAUUUAUCCUUGACGAAGCAGACAAACUAUUAGAAGAAAGUUUCCAGGAACAAAUAAAUUGGAUUUACUCUAUGCUGCCAGACAACAAACAGAUGCUUGCUUUGUCUGCCACGUACCCUGAAUACAUGGCCCAGCAAUUGACUGUCUACAUGAGAAACCCAACAUUUGUUCGACUCAACUCGGAAGAUCCUGCUUUGUUGGGUAUUAAGCAGUAUUUUGAGACAGCCCCAUUCCACCCAUUUCCCCAUACUGUAUUUGAGAACAAGGUCAAGGUGCUCGUGAAAAUCUUGUCAUCUGUGAGCUUUCACCAGUGUUUGGUGUUCUCGAACCUACAAGCAAGAGCUCAGAGCCUCUGUGACAUUCUCAACAGCAAAGGAUGGCCAUCUGUAUGCAUUGCAGGAUGUCUGGAGCAAGAGAAACGACUACAGGCUAUGGAGAAGUUAAAAACAUUCAAGUGUAGAGUUCUAAUUUCCACCGACUUGACAUCACGUGGUAUUGAUGCAGAGAAUGUUAAUUUGGUGGUGAAUCUUGACCUUCCCCAUGAUCAUGAGACUUACCUACACAGGAUUGGCAGAGCAGGCAGAUUUGGAAGUUUUGGAGCAUCCAUUAUUCUCAUCAGUGGGGCAGAAGAGAGAGACCGAUUGAAAACUGUUGAGGCUAAGUGCAACACAUGUAUUCACCGUCUGCCAGAUCCUAUACCAGCAGACUUAGCAGAUACAGAUGUUCCAGUUAGUCUUGGUGAGCUGGUAACUGCCACAAAAAUUAUAACAAGACCAGAAGAAAAUGUAUCUCGUCCAACAGCUGAGGCAUGUGAAGAAUCAACAAGUGGAGAUUUUAGUCUUGCGGGAAAUAAUAAUACAUGCAAUUUGCCCCCAGUGGAUUCUUCCUGUGCUUCAAAGAAAUUACCUGAAAGGUCAUCAGAUACAGCUGGUUAUGUAGAAAAAAGUGAUUUAAGGGAAAAAUCUGUAAAUGAUUCAUUAAAUAGUCUUGCUGAAGCGGAAACACCAGUGGUUGACAUCCAACCCCAAGUUGAUGUUGUUAGUAAGACAGAAGAGGGAAAUGUCGAUUAUGAGGGGCAAUUUCCUACUUGUCAUUAUGAAACAGGUGCAAUGCAGGAACAUCCUGCAAUUUCUGAAGCAUGUUUAUUAAGUGAAGAAGGAAGCUCUGUUGAAGUCGUAUCAAAAGAUUUCCCAGAGACCAAUGGAUCUCUCAUGAAUACAGAUGUACAUACCAAUCAUAAUAAUGUCAGAGGUAUUACCAUUUCUAAAGAGGAACCUGCAGGUUCAUUGACAGAAGCCUUCAUGGAAACUGAACAGCUUGACGUUGGCAAAGAAAGUAAUACUUCCAAGAAAAAAGGGCGCAAGAAAAAGAAGACCAACAAUACCAUCUUGCAGGAAGAAUUUGGAGGUGGAGAAUGUUUUCAGAUUUUUAACACAGACAUGGUUAUAUUAGAAAGACCUGAGCCUUGCAAAGCAAGGUCACAUCUGCCACCUCCUCCAGUUAUUCGUGAUUUUAAGGCCAUCCAUACAUCAAAGAGUAAUAUAGGGAGCUCAACCCAUGAAACGAUGCCAGGCAAAUCUAAUCCUUCACUUACCCUUAAACAACCUGUUUCCUCAGAACUUCCAUUAUCAAGCAGUUGUUCCAUGAACACAGACAAUCCUAAACCCUUCCCAAGUAAAGAUGUCUGGACAGGUACAAAUGCCCCAUUUAAAUUUGAUGUUCAUGGGCGGAAGAAAAUUGUUGCUGUGCGAAGACGAAGAUUUGGUAUAGCAACAAACAGUUAUCAAAAACAUGAAAACAAUGAUUGUAACGUUAACUAUGGAAAUUCUCAUGAAAAUAACACUCUGGAUAAGAUUUGUAUCACCGAUGGGAGGGACCAUGGGGUGUCUGUUAAACCUGAGAAAAAGUCUGUGAAUGCAAAUUCUUCAAUGACGGCAACACAGGCAGCAACUGAGGACCAGAGUACUAAGCCCAUAAAUGGAGAUUUGAAAAGCCAUACUUAUUCUAAUGCAUUGGAAAAUUACGAGAAUUUCUUGCAAACAUGGGAUGAGACCUCAGAGAUUGCAGAUGUUGGGGACUGGAUCACUCUUUUGAUGCAGAAAUGCAAGGCUUCAAGAAGUGGGAGAUCCAAUGGGAUUUCACGUGAAAUGGUGUCUAAGACUUUAAAUGAUGUUAAGCCCAGCCACAUAAAUGAUUUGAAUGAUUCACAGAGAAAUGUUGAGAACAAUUCAUCAGACAACCUUUCUAAAGAGCUGAGGACACUUUCUCUUAAAGAUGACCUUCCACAUAUUGCAACAUGCAAUCCAACGUCAAUCCAAAGUGACCAAGUUUCAAGUAGGUCAGAGGUAACUGAUGAUUCUGAGAAUGCUCCAAAAUUUCACACAAAGGUGGGUUCAGGACAGCAGCUAAAAGGAAAGACUGGUAUCAACUCCAUUAGUUUAGAUUCCUUAUCACAGAUAUCUAGUUCAACAAUGUUAAAGCAAAUUUCAAGUCAUCCUGAAGCUAUAGCCAGUUUGAAUGGAACAAAGUUGCAACAAGCUCCUAUUGACUCAAAAACUCAAGGUGGUUAUCUUGGUACAACAUCAAAGACAACUAAGCCAAAAAUAGCAAAAGAUUCUUCAGAUCAAGCAAUAAAAUGGCAAAUCAGUCAAAAACAUAGUACAAAGUUUACACACGACAAGUCCACAUCAGGAAAUUCUUCAAGUUCAAUCUUCAGCGAUACUUCCAGUUCAUCCGAAUCCAGCUAUGAUUCGGGCUCGGAAUCGGAUUGUGACAGUGACGGUGAAAGUGAGGAGUCUCCUGGUAAUUACUAUAGCAAUUACGGGGAUAAAAAAUCAUGUGAUGAGCGAUAUUCUGGAAAGAAUACAUUUCAGGAUGAGACAGAGGAAAGCCUGAAAUGUGAUGGACAUGGUUACAAUUUCAAGAACCACCAGGAACAACCAAAGUACAGCCAUCAUACCCAAUAUGUAGGAUAUGACCACACAAGUGUACCACAUGGAAAUCCAGAAUCGGUUCAUCACUACCCUAUGCCCCACUGGUACCACAACCAGUAUUAUUAUCCUUGCGCUCCACCUUACCCACCCCACUGGAGCUACCCUCCUUGGUAUGCACAUUACCCCUACCCCUACCCGUACCACCUUCCCCCAAAUACUUACUAUCCGCAGAGCCACAAAAACCCACGGAUAAACACUAUGAACAAUUUUCUAAAUGGCGAUUUGGAAGAAACUGACUGUCACAAGAUGAAGAAAAUUCUGAAAUGUCAGUUUGAUUACCUAAAAUAUAUGAAGAAGCCGUAGUUUACAGUGGUAGUUGUAAAACAUGUUAGUAACUUUCAUCACGAAAUAAGGUGUUAAACUGACCUCACAAACUUUCCAAUAAUUCGAAAUAUGAUAAGCCUAAUUGCAUGUCUUACAAUGAAGAUUUGUCUUUUAUAUACUAGUAUGCAUGUUUUGUGCAGCGACGUUUUUAAGUUUUACGACGCUGGUGCAUGUAAGUUUUGAAUUGGGGGCUGGGGUCCCAACAGUGUUUAGUAACACUAAUAAAAAGAACUGUAACAAAUAUGCAACCAUUAUACGUUGUCUUUUGCCAUAAGAUUAACGUUUUGCAAGUACGUACGUGAACUCAAAUUUUGGGAGGUAGAACGAAAACAUUUGGUGUGCAAUUUGCAUUAUCAAUAUUUUGAAGUAAAGAAACAAUUAUGCAUUUUACCAAAAACAACGCUUAGUUGUCGACUGAAGAGCAUAGUGUGAAAGGACAAAGUGAAAGUUGUCUGAUUCUGAUCUCAAUGGACGAUUCUCCUGGAGAAAAUUUGGACAUCGGUAUCAAAGAAAAUGUUACUCAAUACUGGUAUAUCAGGGUCCAGUGUUCUUCCAAGGAAUAUGUAUAUAAUCUUUGUCUCUGGAACCAAAUAAACUGUAUACGUCCUCAUGACUCUUUUCGGCCUCUAACAUAUCUUGAAAUGCAACACAAAGCCGUCUGAUUGUAUAGGGGGCCAAUACUCCACAGCAAGAUCGGACUUGAGUCAAAAUUAUAGCCUACGACCCAAGAAGUUUAUAAUGGGAUAGACCAUACUUCACACCAUGUAGUCACAAUGAAAAGACCAAAAAUAAGCGUUCAGAUAACAAGGUAAAUUUGGGCUGAAGGCAACUAAAUCAUAAGUUGUUUGGGAUUUCUCGAAUACAUGUUGGGUUAAGGCGAACAGCUGUUCCAUUUCAAUUUGCUCAAUUAAGACCUACAACGGAUGGUCGUCUGUUUUCCCCUC